CUUGCUGCUCUAACGCAGUAGCGCGGGGAAUUUCGAGUGGCAGUGGUGUGCGGGAGGUCAGUGGGCAAUGGAGCCCCCGGGAGUAGCCAUGAACUCUGUAGUCGAACCUCGGUGGCCUCCGGGCCUGGAAGUCUUGAAGACAGUAGACGAUUUGCUGCGGUGCGGAAUUUGCUUUGAAUAUUUCAACAUCGCCAUGAUGAUUCCUCAGUGCUCACAUAACUACUGUUCUCUCUGUAUAAGAAAAUUUUUGUCCUAUAAAACACAGUGUCCAACUUGUCGUGUGGCAGUCACAGAGCCAGACCUGAAAAAUAACCGCGUGUUAGAUGAACUGGUAAAAAGCUUGAAUUUUGCACGGAAUCAUUUAUUGCAGUUUGCCUUAGAGUCACCACCCAUUUCUCCUGCUUCCUCCUCUUCAAAGAACGUUGCUGCCAAAGUACACACUCCUGUAGCCUUCAGACAUUCUUUAAAGCAAGGAAGCAGGUUAAUGGAAAAUUUCUUGAUUAGAGAAACUGGUGAUUCUACAUCCAGAUUGUUGAUGAAUAAGAGUGAAAACAAAUUCAGCCCUCAAAAAGUGGUGAGCACUUCUGCAAAGACCAAUGAGACACCUUCCUUGGGAAAGAGAGUUUCAGGCAUCGUGGAUGCUAAUGCUGCUGAAUCACCCUCUACAUCAACUUUGAAACAAGUUACUAAAGUGGAUUGUCCUGUUUGUGGGGUUCAUAUUCUGGAAGAUCAUAUUAAUAAGCACCUGGACAACUGUUUAUCGCGUGAAGAGAAGAAGGAAAGCCUCAGAAGUUCUGUUCAGAAAAGGAAGCCGCUGCCCAAAACUGUAUAUAACUUGCUAUCAGAUCGUGAUUUAAAGAAAAAGCUAAAAGAACAUGGAUUAUCUAUUCAAGGAAAUAAACAACAGCUCAUUAAAAGGCACCAAGAAUUUGUACACAUGUACAAUGCCCAGUGUGAUGCUUUGCAUCCUAAAUCAGCUGCUGAAAUAGUUCAAGAAAUUGAAAAUAUGGAGAAGACUAGGAUGCGUCUUGAAGCUAGUAAACUCAAUGAAAGUAUAAUGGUUUUUACGAAGGAUCAAACAGAAAAGGAAAUAGAUGAAAUUCACAGUAAAUAUCGUAAAAAACAUCAGAGUGAAUUUCAGCUUCUGGUAGAUCAGGCCAAGAAAGGAUACAAGAAAACUAUUGAAAUGUCAAAAAAAAAAGUAACCAAAAAAGAAGACGAAUCUACAGAAAAACUAUUCUCUGUACACACAGAUCAGGAAGAUAAUAAAAUGAAAUUUUCAGAGAUGCCCUUGGUAAUAAACCACUUCUCUCAGUCAGAACUGGACUCCCCAGGGACCUUGGAGCCUGAUACACCUGACGAUUGUUCCAGUUGUACGGACAUUGAUGAAGACGAUUUGUCGUCAUCAGAGUCAGAUUCAUGCAACAGAUCUAGUGGAGAGCAGGGAAACUCCUAGCCUUGCUUUACCCAUGAGCCUUGGUGACGCCGCUGUCCAAUGGAACCUCCCUGACGAAUGCACUGCAGGAGGUGGCGUUCUUAACUCGGUGGCCUAAUAGUGUUUUCUGCCACCACUGGUCGAAGCAACAUGAUGUAGUAGAAAGAUGAGUUUCACAUUUACUCCCCUGUGUUUUUAAAUUUCUCCAAGCCACUCUUCAUCUGUCAGGUGGGGGUAAGACCUGGUGUGCCUGUAGGAUGGAAAGGCAGUGUGUGCAAGCCAAUUAUCACAAUUGUGGACGUAGUUGCUCAUGGAGUGGUCAUUUCUGUCACUGUCGUCAUGGAGAGAUUUUAUUUGAACCUAGGAUGUUUACUUUCCUAGUAUGUUAUUGUCAGCCUACGGCUAACAUUUUGGUGUAUAAACUUUUGCUUGCUCUGCAGAACGGAGUACUAACGGGGAAUUGAGGCGGGAUUUGUGGGUACCACAACAUUUGUUCAGGUCCCACCGUCUGGUGGGCAUUGUGCGCAUGCCGUCACCGCUCCGGCGAACUGUCUUGAGGGAGUUUUUUCUUUUGGUUGGCUGUUUUCAACCACAUUCAAAAUAAUGCCACAAUUAUGAGAAGGAAUGGGGAGUAACUACAAGAGAAUAGAAAAAUCUCAGUUGUAAGUAAUCUCUAAUCCACGGGAUUUUUAUCUCAGAUGUUUGCAUUUUUCUUACCCCACAGUACCCUGUGUCCUUGCCAUGCUGGACAAAUAACAAGUUCUGAUGAAUUUGCACCCCGGUGUCAUAGAAACAGUGGAAAUCAAAGAUUAAAAUAGAGCUCAAUAGUGACCAGGUUUCCUAGGCCAAACUGAAGCAUAGUGCUAAGGCAGUUAUUCAGGUAAUUCAGACUGAAAUGUGUUUUAUGAAAUGGAGCUGACACUUAUCGAACACCAUAUGCCAGUCUAUAUGCUGAACAUUCUGUGUGUCCUGUUGACCAACCUUAAAAGUGUCUGUGUGAACCACGUGUGUGUUAUCCUGACUUUACAGGUGAGACUGUUGAGACUUGGGAAGAUUAAGCAACUUGUCCAAAGUUGUAAGUGAAAGAAACCUGACUGAAACUUGAACUUUGAAGCUAAAACUAGUGCUCUCUCCCUCCGGACAGUAUUACCAACCAUACCUUUGCCAGAGUAUUUGGCGUGUUCCUCUUCCUCCUUGUGGGUAAAAUCUGGACUAAUGGAAUGAGAUGAGAUGCAAUAGAUGCUAUGUGACAAUAGUGUUUGCCUUUGCCUGAGAAGAUGCGCCGCACUUUUGGUCAGAAUGACAGAGGUGAAAUGCUGGUAUUUUAGGAAGACCAACAAUCUACCAACAAACAAAAACCAGUUGAGCUUAUGCUUCUGAAACCUUGAGCUUAAAAUAAGGUCUAAAUGGUGUGAAAUUCUAAUUGUGGUUGACCUACUACAGUCUUACUGAACAGAGGAUGGAAGGUUUAUUGACUUUGAGAUUCUUUUCUUUUUUUUUAGAAAUUUAUUUAUUUAUUUAUUUUUAAAGAGGGAAAGAAAUAUCAAUGUGUGGUUGCCUCUUGCACACCCACUACUGGGGACCUGGCCUACAAUCCAGGCAUGUGCCCUGACUGGGAAUUGAACCAGCAACCCUUCGGUUCGCAGGCUUUCACUCAAUCCACUGAGCCAUACCAACCAGAAGUUAUUUCUGCUUGUUUUCUUUCUUUCUUUUUUUUUUUUUGAUAAGGCUUUCUCAUGUGUAUUUAAUCUGGAUAAUAAUAGCUUAGGGAGCACAAUAUGAAUAAACUUCCAUAGGGAGCUAUAACUUUUAUGUACCAGACCUCAUAUUUAUCCAGCUUCUUAAAGCCAGAACGUUCCAAACCAAAAUAGAGAAGCUAGUUUACUCUGAAAACAUUCUUUGCCCAAGAAUUAAAAGCUUUUGCUGUGUAGAUUUAUGCAUGCUUCGACCCUAGGUAGACCAGAGUGAGUCAUUAUUUUCUCUUGCGGAGGAUUCUUUUAGAUGUCUUGUAUGUGUGUUAAAGAAGUUAUUUUUAUCUCCAAAGCAUAUUAAAAUGGCUAAGACUUCAAAAAUAUUGCUUACUUCUAUUUACAAGGAAGAGAUCUGAGAGGGAUAAUUUAGUACCACUGACCAUUAUGCCCCCAUGGCCCAAGUCUCUGUAAAAUCCUACUUGUGAAACUGUUCACUUAAUUUCAGGAAUGUGGCUUCUAAGUAGAAUAUAGUAAGUACACAACUUUGAAAAGGAAUAAACGGUUCCUUUUUGUAAUUGUAAUAAAGCAGUUCCUUUUUGUAAUUGUGUUAGUGUCAACACUUCAUUUCCCAGUGGUGGCUAGAGUUGGAGCAGCACAUAUAGCUGAUAAUCCUGGAAUUUCAUUUUAGGUAAACUUUAAACCUCCCAAACUUUUUAUUUUAGUUCUCACUUGAGGAUAUGUUUUUAUUAAUUUCAGGGAGAGAGGAAAGUAGAGGGAAAGAGAGAGAAACAUGGGUUGGUUGCCUCCUGUACGCGCCCUGAGUGGGACCCAUCCCACAACGUAGGAAUGGGCCCUGACCAGGAAUCAAACCUGUAUGUAACCUUUUGGUCUACAGGACGAUGCUCCAACCAACAGAGCCACCUGGCCAGGGCCAGACCUCCUCAACUGGGUAUCAGUCACUUUACUGAUUGGCUAUUGUUCCAGUUAGUAACUGAGCUGGAGCAGAAGGCAGGGCAGUGAGAACUGAGGCCACAUGGAGCCGUGUGGUCUGCCUGGUCAGGGCCACUGACUGGAGUCUCAGAGGAAGAGGGGGUUGCAGGCAACUUUUGAGGUGUGUUUUUGCCGACCUCCUCUACCAUCUGUUUUUCCUGAGGUUGCAUAGCAAAAACCUCUUAGAUUUAUGUCAUUAAUGUACUGCAAAUAUUUUUCUUUAACAAUUCAGUUAUUUGUACUGGUGAUUUGAGGGCUGCUUGGUAAAUUGAUCACAGAUUACUAAGUUAGUUGACAAGCUUGGUCAUUCUGCUUACUUAGCUGGAAUGGUAGGGAUGCUUUGUAACCUUCCUGUUACAAAAAUAGUAUGUGUGCAUUUGGAGGUGUCAGCAAGAAGCUGACUUCAUUUUUCUAGUUAAUGUGAUACCUACCAGGACCCAGAGCCACAUGACCAGCCGCUAGUCCCAGUCCUCUAACUCAGGGGUUUUCGACAGGAGCAGUUUUGUCCCUUAGGGGGUAGAAAUUGGUUCUUGGGGGCAGGGAUGCCCAAAAUAUCUUACUCUUUUUAUGCACAAAGCACAGUAUAAGUACGACACAUAUUUACAUGUACAUUACAUUUGUGGCAUUAAAAUUUCCUGGAGGGACAAUUGGGAAAACUUGUCUAAAAGGCAGUGGGGGUGGUGUGUGGGGGGGCACUGAGGCAAAGGCCCAGGAGCACUUCCGCUGCCACUCCCGGUGUUUCUCAGCCUCUCUCACCUCAGGCACACAUAACGAACCAAAACUCUGCAGCAGACCAGAAGAUGUAUUUCUUGCCUAUCUGACCAAAAAGAAUAAGUAUAAUUUUGAUCUAUUCACACCAAAUGGCUAUUGUCAUUUUUUUGACAGUCUGAGGCGAAAGAGGUCAGUGCCCCUUACUAAACAGGUACUGCAUGUUCUAAAAAUUCUUACAGCACACGGGUUGUACAUUGUUGCUCUGUCCAGAAAAAGAAUGGACGAGGGUAUCGCUAUAACUUGAGUAGAGAGAGGGAACGAAAGAGUUACAUUAAAGGAGCUCCAGUUUUCUUUAUAAAGUUGCAAUGAUUUAUCACCAAGGUAAGAAUAACAAAGGUUGGGAUCGGAAAGGUGUAGACCACUUCCAUGGGAGUAGGGUUGGCCGUGGGUCUAAGCCCUCCCUAGUGAGUGGCUCUUUGGGUCUUUCUCUUAGGAAGAUAAUAAAGUUGGUGAAAUUGGCUGUGGAUCUCCUUAAGGCCUCCUGCUUUUCCCUCUUCCCUGCUGAUAAAAAGUACGUUUAGCCGUUUAAUGGGAAAGCUUGUUGUAAGCCAGUGUGCCCUAAGGUGAGGAUGGCUGGUGGUAAAUGAACGUUUUUGUUUUCAGGAGCACUUGGUGAGCAGUGGGCCGUCCUGGGUGUGAGAGGGUGGUAGGGGCUUAGGUCCUUUGAUAGGCUUUGUCAGGGGUUCCCACCCGGAGCCCGAAGGAAUGAUUGCAUAGCAAAGACCAUCUGUGGACGUCGUGUCCACAAAUGCAGGCACUACUGUUUUGAAAAUGUGUGCACGUGCUGCUAUAAUGAAUAAAAGAUAAACUCAAAGUACUACUGAUUUUAUAAUGCUUCAUUAUCAUUAUGUAUUUUGUCAAGCCACAAAUGCUACAAGUAUUGCUACCACCAAAUGAGAAUUCUUAUUCUGAAAAGCCUGAGGACUAUUGUGUACCUAUAUCAGAGGGCCACUCUACUUGAGGUGUGAUGGGAGCCCCCACACAUGGGCCAUCACACACUCGGACCUCAGGCAGAGGGGCCCUGCAAAGAGCCCCUGGAGUCCCAGGGUUCGGGCGGAAAUCUUCUGAAUAAAACUUCUGGUACAGAACUGUAGUUUUGGACUGUUAACUGCCUUUUUUCCCAGGCAUCAUAGGAAACAUUGCUUUCAAGUGAUUUGUCAGAAGUAGUUAUGAAUGAUUCCUUGGCACUUUAAGUCUUUAUAAUUUCUAAGCUCUUUUUAUGUAUUAGAGUGUCAUUGGAAAUAUGAUAGAUGCCGGUGUUUCCAAGCCUGUCAUUCUGCACCUGACAGUGUGUCCUCUGUUUUCGCCUUUUCCACGCUGCCGUGGUGACCACUGCUUCUGAGUCGACCUCGCAGGGCCCGUGACAUUCUGUCUUUGGAUAUCUACAGAAAUGCUUUUUCAAUAUUGAUACACACAUAUAUUUUUUAAAAUAUUUAUUUGGUAGGAAUUUAUUUUGGUAAGAACAAGAUGUUAAAACCUUAAAACAGUUCUUUCUUAUAAAGAAACAAUACACGCCCUCUAUAAUUUUGUUUGCUCUGCACAGAUAGGCCAGACAUACACAGCACUUUAAGCCAGAUUGCAUUAUAACAAAUUCCAUUUUUAGCACAGUGCAAAUUAAUUAAAUUUUACUUUACUUUGCUUACAAAGGGAUUAUAAGCCACUUAGGAACUUAGCAUCUCUUGGGAAUCUCAUUGCUAGAGAGCAGUUUUUAAGACACGAUUUGAUCUUGGGCCACCAUGAGAAAUUGAAAAGGCUGUGACUUUAUACCGUUUGAAUUCAGGUGUUAUGUUGAGGGAUUUACUUAAGAUUUGGGUUUUUUUUUUUUUUUUCAUUAUUAUUGCUAACCUAUAAAGAUUUUUAAAAAUAGCUUUAUGGAAAUCACAGUAGAAUAAACUUCAAAUAUUUGAAGCACACACUUGGAAGAGUUUUGACGAACAUGUGCAGCUGGGAAAGCGCCCCCACAGCCCGAGUCCCUUGUGCUGCUCUGUAACCCCUCCCUGCCCAUCUCCGGCCCCUCACAGGUGACCUGGUCUGCUGGUUUGCUUUCUGUCACUGUAGGUUAGUUCACCUUUUCUAGACUUUUAUGUAGAUUGAACCAUACCGUCUUUGUUGUCUGGCAAUGUUAACG